GAUGCUCUUCAAAACUUGAGCAGAGACGUUCAAAUAAGAAUAGAUGAAGCUGAGGCCACAUCAGAGAGGCUAAGGACAAAUGAAGUUAAUGGUUGGCUGCAAACAAUUCAUCAUCUUCAAGAGGAAAUGAUGGAAAUUAAUACAGUUCAUCAAGAAAUUUCCAAUAAUAAAUGUCUGAGUGGUUGUCGUCCAAAGAAUUGUGUGUUAAGCUACGAGUCUGGAAAAAGAAUCGUUCAUAUGCUCAAAAAUGUGAAUGAACUGUUGACUAGACGGGAGCAUUUUGGUAGUGUUGAUAUUGCUUAUAAGCUACCACCCAAGCCAGUUGAUGAAAUGCCCUCUGUUGAGACUGUAGGCUUGGAUUUGAUGCUCAAUCAAGUUUGGAAUAGUAUUGAAGAUGAAAAUAUAGGCAUCAUUGGUUUGUAUGGAAUGGGUGGGGCUGGAAAAACCACUCUUAUGAAAAGAAUUCAUAAUGAAUUUGGAAAAAGGAACCUCCACUUUGAUGUAGUGUUGUGGGUCGUAGUUUCUAGAGAUUGUGAUAUCAAUAGGAUUAUGAAUGAUAUUCGAAACAGGUUAGAGAUCGAUGAUAACUUUUGGAACAGAAGUAGUCAAAAUCAAAAAGUGGCAAGGAUUUAUCAAGUCCUGAAGCAAAAAAAAAUUUGUAUUCAUGGUAGACGAUCUAUGGAGAAGUUUGGAACUAGAAAUGGUGGGAAUGUCAAGAAUCGGAAUUGA